CAGUUUAUCAAUGCAGUAGAACAACCAGCUGGAGGACAGCAGUACUUGUGUAGCGCAGAGAGAGAUACCGAUCGGCUCUGCUAAGUAGUACAGGAUACAAUGCCACAUAAGACCUUCUGGACUCAAAUCUGAUAAAGGAUAUCACAUCAAACAUUUCUCUUUCUUUGCGCCGACGAAGAAAAAACAAGGAAAAGAAAAUGAAGAAACAGUUCAAUCGGAUGAAGCAGCUAGCUAACCAACACGUUGGCAGGGCAGAGAAAACUGAGGUCCUAAGUGAUGACCUGUUGCUGAUAGAGAAACGCUUGGAUGUAGUGAGAGCGGUUUCCCACAAUACUCAGAAACGGCUAUUAACGUGUUUGCAAGGUCAGAUUGGCACAGACGCAGAGAAGAGACAUAAAAAGCUCCCAUUAACAGCACUUUCACAAUGUAUGCAGGAAGGGGGUAGUCUGCUAGGUGAAGAGUCUCUUAUUGGUAAAAUGAUGGACAUCUGCAGUGACGUGGAGAGCAAGCUGGCCAUGGAGCUGUCGCAGCACGAGGUGCAGAUAGAACAGGAUGUCUUGGACCCGCUGAACCAGCUCGCAGAGGUGGAUAUUCCAAAUAUUCAGAAACAGAGGAAGCAAUUGGCGAAGAUGGUACUGGACUGGGAUUCAGCUCGAGCCAGGUGGAGCCAGGCUUGCAAGGCCAUCGUUUUAGGAACCAAUUUCCAAGCACUGACAGCCAAAGCAGAGUCACUCAAAGAGGAGAUGGAUGAGACGGGCAACAAAGUAGAGCUGUGCAAGGACCAGCUUGCAGCCGACAUGUAUAAUUUAUUUUCUAAAGAAGGGGACUAUGCACGCUAUUAUGUAAUGUUAUUAGAAGAACAAGCAGAGUACCAUAGAAAGGCUUUAGCAGUGUUAGAAAAGGUCCUGCCGACUAUCCAAGCCCAGCAAGAUUCGUGGACGGAGAAGCCAGCCUUCGGGACUGCACUGGAAGACCACCUCAAACGCAGUGGCCGGGAGAUAGCUCUGCCUAUCGAGGCCUGCGUGAUGAUGCUGUUAGAGACUGGCAUGAAGGAGGAGAAUGCUGUGACCGAAGAACUACUACACCUCUUCAACAAGAGUAAUGUAUAUUAUUUUCACAUUGUAGGUGCACUGAAAUCUUACGUGAGAGAGUUGCCAGAGCCCUUAAUGACUUUCCAUCUGUAUGAUGAGUGGAUCCAGGCGUCAAACGUCUCAGACCCAGACAAGAAACUGCAGGCUCUCUGGGUAAUCUGUGACAAACUGCCAAAGCCUAACAAAGCAAAUUUUCGGUAUCUAAUCAAAUUCCUGGCAAAGCUAUCACAGGAAAGUGCCGUCAACAAGAUGACCCCUAGCAACAUUGCAAUCGUGUUGGGACCUAACCUGCUGUGGGCUAAAAAUGAAGGAACGCUUGCUGAGAUGGCAGCCGCUACUUCAGUCUACGUGGUAACAAUUAUUGAGCCAAUCAUCCAGCAUGCUGAUUGGUUCUUCCCUGAAGAUAUCGAUUUCAACGUAUCCGGGAUGUUUGCUCCUACUCCCAGCAAUCACACAAACCACCAUGGGGGUGAGUUUGACUCUGGGAUGCUGGAAAGGAAGAGGCCAGUUAGCAUGGCCGUGCUGGAGGGGGAUUUGAUGAAGAAGGACAGCUUGGGUGGUAAACUAUUGGAUCAGACUCCGCGUAGAGGAGGCACUCUUAAUAGAAAGCACACGUCCCCUGCCUUCCAGCCCCCCCUGCCCCCUGUGGAGCCUGGGGGGGUGCUACUGCAGCCUGUUGCCGAGCAACAGCUGCAGGCUCAGCCAAUAGGUGCAGGCCCUGAAAUCAGCCAAUCAGGCUGUGCUCAGGGUCAACCUACUAACAGUGCAGCAGAGCCACCAUUAAUACCAGUAUCUGAGGAAUCCAGCUCUUCAAAACCAAAAGAACCGGCAUCCACACCUCCACCUCCUCGGAAUGCUGGCAACGUUACAGCUGCAGCUCAGAACCAGCCUCACUCUGCGGGCACCACUGCCAACCAGCUGGGCGUAGGGCACACUCAGAACACAACGGGGCCCAGCCCGCACACGAUCAGGAGAGCUACAAAGAAGCCUGCUCCAGCCCCACCAAAGCCUGGAAACCACCCCCCUGCACAACCUGGCAGCCAAGGACCUCCUUCAGCAGCCAAUCAGCUGUUUACACAGUCUCCUAAGCCAUCUGUUAGCCAAGGGACAGGCCAUUCACCUCCCAGCCAGCCCAGCAGUCAGGGUUCAGUUCAGCCUCAAUCUCCUGCCCAGCCCUCUGUCCAGCCACGCAGACAUUCGAGCAACCAGCCACCAAUCCAGGCCCCGAGCCAUCCUCCCCCACAGCCUCCAACACAGGCCACGCCUCCAACACAACCCAAAGCCUUCAGCCAGGCCACCGGGGGCGCCAGUGAGUCAGGAACGGAACACUCUCCUCCCAGGACUCCCACACCACCUGACACCCCUCCCUUACUCACACACGGAGGGACCCCUCCUCCACCAGCAGCUGUACCGCCUUCACCCACUAGUGGCCACGACAGCCCCCAGCCCUCCUCACCGCUCCAGUCGAACACCCUGCCCAGGCCACGGCCUGUACCAAAACCCAGACACAGGCCGAGCGUGCCCCCACCACCACAGCCUCCUGUUAAUGAAAACUCCAACGGCAACGCCAACACGGCUUCCAAAAUAAUCACAGAUUCCAAUAACGCUGUACAAGGACAGCUUCGCAGCUUCACCCCUGAGCUCCCUGUGGAACAAGUGACUCCUUUGCCCACCCAAGAGCUUAACAAUCACCAGCUGCAGGACACUGACCAUGACACAGAGAGCACUGUAUUGUGAAGCAGACUCAGCAGACCAUCCAUCACUUUAACCUCUCUCCAUUCUCGCAUGCUGAAAGCCGAUUUCAUCAGAAGCAACAGCUUCUCCAAUAUUUUUGCAGAAUGCUUUCCAGUGACUCGCGGCUGUGCCUUUUCAAACACUGCCUGCAGCUAAAUGCUACACCAGGGUCAUGGUAUGUCUUUCGAUUUUCCUUUUGAAUUGCAACAUUGUGGGAAUGUUGUUUGACUAUAUAGUCUGUGAAAACCACUUGGCUGCAAAAGCCUUACACAUAGGACGCUUCAGUUUUUGUGGCUGUUGGGAUACAUUAGCAUCAAUACUGUAAGUAACAAAAAUGCACUAUCUAUGCUGAUUGCUGUCAAACAGGCUACCGAACAAACAUGAAUGCCACUGUCCUGGAAUUCGCUUAUUUUUUUUUUUUUUGUGGAACAUUGAGAUUCAACUUUCUUUUUCCUUUUCAAAGAAAAUGUGGUUUAAGACACACAAUGAGUUUAAAGAGACAUUCCCUCGCGCUCUUGCUGCAGGAAAUAAAAUAAUAAACUAAAAGAAAAAAAAGUAUAAACCAAAAACUGCAUCUUACAAGUUCUGCUGGCGACUGCUGGGUACAAGUUGUCAGUCGAUCUGUGGUUGAAUUCUAGUGCCUUCUUUGAUUGACGGUUUGUAGAUUGAACCUCUUUAUUCUUGUUUUUCAGCCAUUGCUGUCGUGUUUUUUUUUGUCUCUCUUUCACUCACUCUGUCUGUGAACAAUUGAAUAAUCCUUUCUUAUUAAAAACCCACUUAAUAAUCUUUGAUUCAUUUUAUAUGGAAUGGGUUACAUGUUAAUAUGACUGGCCAAAUGUUCUUGUUGCUUUAAGAAAUUGUGCCUAAUUGUUAGAGAUGUGCAUACAGUUCAGAUUUGACUUUCCCUUAAAGAGAAAUGUUCAAUUACAAUAUUAAGUCACUAGGGAGUGCUGUGCACUGUGUGAAAACCCAUUGGGAUUAAAGGAGAGAUUUUCUACAUCAAGGUUUCUUUUAUUAUUAUUAUUAUUAUUAUUAUUAUUAUUAUUAUUAUUUACAAAUUCGUUUUUUCAUUUAAUUUUGAUACAGAAAAAAAAAAAAAAUCCACUGAGCGGUUUUAAAAGGCUGCAUCAUGUUGUUUUCUAUAGCAUGCUUUAAAGCUGGGAUUGCAAACUGAUUAUUGUUGGCAAAUACAGUAGCUAAUUAAAACCUAGCAAUGACGUGGUAGGGGACACAUGUAAGGAUAGAAAAGUUUCAAGAUAAGCAGAAUAUAAAUGGUACUGAGGGCCAAAUCUGAUUUUGAUUCCGUGAGCACCCUCUGAGGAUUAGUUGUAAAUUUGUAUUUAAGUUCUCAUCAUGGCAAUCCUCGAUCUUGCUAAGAUUACCUGUAACAACCUGGUACUUGCUUUGUCGCUGUUUCUAUUAUAUAAAGUGCACUCACAAGGCUGUGCUACGUCCCAUCAAUUUGCAUACUAUUGCAGCGGCUUUGAAAUGAAACGCUGACAUGCAUCUAUGUUAUUUAGACUUAGUAGUCCAUUUAUAACAAUAAAAUAUUCUGAAGAAAUGCUUAAUAACAAUGUUGUAUUUCAAAAUAAAAUGAAUCAUUGUUGCUC